AUGGGUGAAAGAGAACACUACCGCCAAAAAUCUGCAACCCCUCGGCCGCCAUUUUGCGCUUUGACUUUGCCGCUCGGCGCCCGCGGAGGAGGAGCCUCAAAAUGGCGCCCGGGCAACGAGCGCAGGGGGCGCUGGGAGCGAGAUGGCGGCGCCGCAGCCGGAGCCGGGUCGGUGCGCGUACUUCGUGGCGAGGAAGAAGCGCUUCUGCAGGAUGGUCCCGGCUCUCGGGAAGCGCUUUUGCGGGGAGCACGGGCACCAGGAGGUACCGGGAAGGGCGGGCCCUGGGGGCUGCGGUGUCCCGGGGGGGGUCGGGGCGCAGAGGCAGCCGCUGCUGCCCGCCUGGGAUCCCCGCGGCACCAUGGCGAGCCUGGAGCCGCCGCCUCCGUCCGUGGUGGUCCCGCUGCAUGGACAGGGCCGUCCUUUGAACCUUGGCGUCCUACGGCCAUCAGCUCAGCGAAAGAAAACGACAGAAAAAGAAUUCCAUGUCCUCUUGAUCCAAAACACACUGUAUAUGAAGACCAGCUACAAAAACAUUUGAAAAAAUGCAAUUCAAGAGAGAAGCCAAAACCAGUCUACUUUGUUCAAGAUAUUAACGCAGGUUUUAAAGAUGUAGCAGAAAUACCAGAAAAACAAGUAACACUCUCUUCCCUAUCCAAAGAAGAGCUAGAGAAUUUAAUUAUCAAGUUGAAAAAAGCAAGUAAUGGUCUGGAACUUGACCUUAAGGAACAAAUACUGUCUCACAAGGCUUUACAUGAAGCCUUAAAUGACCCAAAGAAUGGGGAAUCUGCUUUUAAACAUUUGAAACAACAGGCUUCCAUUUUAGGUAACAUGGAAAAAUUACAUUUGCUUGGUCCAGGAAGAUGCUUUAUUGAAUUUGGAGCUGGGCGAGGAAAGCUGUCUCAUUGGGUUGAUGUUGCCUUACAGGAUGUUGAAGAUACUCAAUUUUUGCUUGUGGAAAGGGCAACUACAAGAUUCAAGGUGGAUGGAAAACAUAAAAAAAGAGAUUCUGUAUUUGAAAGGCUCCAAGUUGAUAUUCAGCACUUAUGUUUAAAUAAGGUACCUAGUUUAGAAAAGAAAAGACUACCCGUGGUAGGAAUUGGGAAACAUUUGUGUGGGGCUGCCACAGAUCUCGCUUUGAGAUGUUUGGUUGAAAGCUAUGCAACUUGCUGUGAAGGAGAAAAUGAAGAGCCUGCAGCAAAACGUCCUAAGAAUGAUAAGACGGAAGUGGCUGUUAAGAGUUCAGCUGAUAAUGAAAGGAACAAAGAUGACUUUAAGCCUGUAGCUGGAAUUGUUAUUGCACUAUGUUGCCAUCACAAAUGUGACUGGACACACUAUGUAGGCAGAGAGUUCUUCAAAUCAGUAGGACUUGGACCAGUAGAAUUUCAUUAUUUUCAGAGAAUGAGUAGCUGGGCCACUUGUGGCAUGCGAGAAACCAUAACCUCUACUAGUGAAGAUCACACUAACAACACAGAAGAACAUGACCAACCAUACAGCAAAACAGAGAGUGAUUUUGACACUCUGCAAGGGCUACCAGUUGAAGAGCGAAAGGAGAUUGGUGCCCUCUGUAAACUGCUGAUUGAUCAUGGACGGAUCAGAUAUUUACAACAACGAGGAUACAGGGCUACACUACACCAUUACACAGAGUCUGCUAUAUCCUUGGAGAACGUCCUGUUGACAGCUGUCCCAGAGCCAACUAUAUGACAGGACAGACAUUUGGAAUUGGUAGAAGACAAACUAAAAUCUAUCUAGAUCACUUAGAAAGAUGAUUUAGUGCUUACAAAAAAAAACUGUUUUAGUCUUUCCUCUACUCAGGAAACGGUUUUACAGUUCCCAGUUUCACUUGGAAUUACAAGUACACAAACCAGUUCUCAUUACUGGAAAAAAAAUCCCUAAGAAUACUUGAAACUGGUUGUAGGUCUCAUUGUUAGGAAGAAGUAUAUUCAGUAUUCUCUUCUACUCAGUUACAUUCUUUAAUCAUUAGCAGUUAUGAUAGAAGAAGGACCAGAAGUGCAACUCUCCAAAUUUCCUGAAAGACAAUAGGUUAAAAUAAGAGAAAUGAACAUAGUUUAUUUUCAGUUUGAAGUUCAGGAUAGCUUUGUAUUUUAAGUAGGCCAAAGUACUUGUUUCAUCAGCUCAUGCUGAUAAUGGAAUUCAUUAAGGAAUAAAAUUCAUUUUUAAACUGUC